GCGUGAGGGGGAGGGAGGCGCCGUGGGGUAGUUUCGCGCUGUCUUCAGGACAGGUUGAGGCCAUUGGUAUUUUGUGUCUGUUCAGGUAAGGCUGAUCUCAGAUCAGAGUGAUCGUAUUUCGUGCAAUAUAAGUCAGUGCUGGCGCUGUGCAACGAUCUUUGCCAAUCUGUGAACACACCGGCGUCCCGCCCAACCACUUAAGCGUGCAGGCCGCCCCCCGCGCAGCCGCCUGGCCAUGUCGGCCCCGGAGUCAGCGCCGCCUGAGCUGGACUGGGCCAGCCUGCACGACAGCUGGAUCGGCCGCCUGGCCUUCAACCUGAUCGGCUACUGCACCAUCAUCGUCCCCGGCUACCUGCUCAUCAAGUACUUCAAGAGCGGCGACUACGAGCAGCGGGCGGGCGAGCGCGGCUGCCUGGACGCGGCCGUGCGCUCCUGCGUGCACGGUAGCGACGGCGCGUUUGGCGCUCUGCCCACCACGGACCCGAGCACGGCCGGCGGCGGGCCGCGCGAGCGCUCGCCACUGCGACAGGCGCUCGUGCUCAUGUUCUGCGUGGCCGGACUGCUCGGCUCCUACCUCAGCUGGGGCGUGCUGCAGGAGAAGAUCAUGACCAAGGAGUACGACAACGGUACCCCAGAACGGGGCCGAUUCUCCGACUCGCAGUUCCUCGUGUUCGUGAACCGGGUGUUUGCGCUGCUUCUGUCGGCCCUCUACCUGCUGGUGGUGCGCCACCAGCGGCACCGCGCGCCCCUCUACAAGUACUCGUACUGCAGCUUCUCCAACAUCAUGUCGUCCUGGUGCCAGUACGAGGCGCUGAAGUUUGUCAGCUUCCCCACACAGGUGCUGGCGAAGGCUUCGAAGAUCAUUCCCGUCAUGCUAAUGGGUAAAGUUGUGAGCAAGAACAAGUACGAAUACUUUGAGUACGUUGUAGCGAUUCUCAUCUCCAUCGGCAUGACAUUCUUCCUGAUGGGAGCAACUGAAGAGAAGAACAAGGGCACAGUGACGACGUUCAGUGGCAUACUUAUCCUGAUCGGCUACAUGGUGUUCGAUUCGUUCACGAGCAACUGGCAGAACGCGCUGUACAAGGAGUACAGCGUGUCCAGUGUGCAGAUGAUGUGCGGUGUCAACCUCUUCUCCUGCCUCUUCACCACCGUCUCGCUGCUGCAGCAGAACGGCUUCGUCAGCAGCGCCCACUUCAUGGUGAAGUACCCCACCUUCAUGUUCGACUGCAUGAUGCUCUCGGUGUUCUCGGCCGCCGGCCAGAUGUUCAUCUACUACACCAUCUCCCAGUUCGGCGCCGUCGUCUUCACCAUCAUUAUGACGAUGCGGCAGGGGCUGGCUAUCCUGAUCUCGUGCCUGCUCUACCAGCACGCCAUCUCGCCGACGGGCGUGGUCGGCAUCCUCAUCGUCUUCUCCGCCAUAUUCUUCCGCAUCUUCAGCUCGUUCCGGCUGCGGCAGCGGCGAGCCGGCCAGGCGCCGUCGCAGGGCGCCGCCAAAGUAUGACGCCGUCCGUGCCGGAGCGGUGUGGGGCGCCUGGCUGACACACCCGCCGCUUCUGGACGCCGCGGGCCGCGGCAGCGCUCCGGCUGGCAGCGCCGGGGUGGCCGAGGCCGGCCCGCUGACCUCGGCCGCCGCUUCUUUGGGACUCUGUGGGGUGUGGGCCCUGUCCUUCGGUAGGUACCCUGGCUGCCGCGGCGCGGCCGGCACGGUACGGAUGCUGUGGACCGUGGCAGGAGGACGGUCGCCGCCAGGUGACGCCCAUUCCCAGCGGAGGGGACGUGGGUACCGGCACGAGGCUUGUGCCUUCGGGUGGCAAGUGCCAUUGGUUUGGCGGUGGUGGUGCUGCAGGGAUGGCUGUCUUUCUUAGUAGCGUGGCGUUUUUGGUUGGGGACGUUUUCUGUUAGCCAUUUUCACAAUGAUCCUCGCGGUCGCAGAGAUUAGUGCGACACGGCUCAAGGUAUCAAGGAAUUCUGUGGAGGACGUACUGCACUGGUGAAGCAGUGUAAACAGUGUAAGCAGCGUAUUAGCUUUUUUAAAGUUUCUGCUUCAAUGUAGCCAGACGCUGGCAUCGAACGGUCAAAUUUGCAUUGUAGGUGGUUCAGAAGGCCACCUGCUUAAGGAAAAUCCCUGAGUUACGUUUAAUCCCAGCGGGUUAAGUUGAAUUAUUUGUAAGAGAUGUACCUUUUUAAAUUUGGUUCGAACUAUUUAAUUGGAUGGAUUUCUUGGAUGCCUGAAUGUUAUAGAGGAAAUCCAAUACUUGCAUGGGAUAAGAUCAUUUGGCCAUCUAGCAGAUGCUACUGAGUUGCCAGGGGAUCGGACUGACAGAGCACAAAGCAUAUUCUGGUGCGUGACGUUGAAUACCAACGACUCGGUAUCAUUGUGCAGAAGCAUGUAGAUCAAUAGGGCGGUCCGCACCUCGGACCGCUUUGAAGUGUGAACAAAGGGAAUAGUACCCCAGCAUUCUCACCACUGAGUCUGUGUUUUGAGUUAAGAGCCUGUUGCUUAGAAACCCCACGCGAGCUCCAAAAGAAGUGGCUUAAGUUUUAUGCCUCACAACACACCACGAGGAUCGAAAUGCCAUGGCCCAAUUUUUACCGGACGCUUGUGUAAAAUCAAAUGAGGCUGCCAAAGGCGUCUCCUGUUGACUCCAGUGCAAUACUGUCCAACUGGGGCACAUUUUAUCUCCUUGUCGGCUUCAGGUAGUUGAGCUGGCCAAUACGUUCAGCUGAGCUCGUCGCACACGCAGCUAAAUUUACCGAAAGCAGCGCCGGAUGUCGCACAGCAGACGCCCUCGCUGGCAUCUCCCGUACGCGAGGUGUGUCUGACGCACGGUCUGCGUGGCAUGCCAGCCUUUUUCCAAGCAAGCGCACCACGGAAGGGAGGCUUUGUGAUACACUGCAAUCACAGAAAGACCAUCGGCAAUAACCGGCGUGGUUCUUACGAAGCAAGUCGGACGUUUAUGUAAUCUGCUUUGCGCGCGUACGUACAGGAGCACGCUCAUGUUAGCACUGCUUUUAUUGUUGUUUUAAGCACAGGACAAGGUAACAGGCUUCCGUAUCCAGCAUGCGUUACGGGUCUCGGGGGGGGGGGG